AUGUUAAAUACCAAGGGAUGCUUGAAGUUGUUUAUAAUUUCACAGACAAUUCUGAAGUUAACAGAAUUUGAAAUGAUCUCCCAAAACAAGUCAAAAACAACUUCAAAAUUCAAUCUUAUGGUUAAGAUUUUGAUGGUAAGCAUAUCUUUAAGUGCCCAGAAAAAUCGAUGUUCAAAACGAAACUGA